AUGAUUGAAGCUGUAGAUUGCAGCGAUAAAAAUUCUUGUAUAUAUAAAUCUCUCGUCACUUUAAAAAAUAAAAUAAAAAUAUCUCCUAAAAGUAUCAAAACAUCAUCUCAAGGACAGCUCAGUAGUUAG